CCCUGCUAGUGAAAAUUGUUCAUUGUUCAGUCAUUAGGGUUUAGGUCUCCCCUCUCUGCAAGUGCGAACUACGACACUCUCCUCUCCGUGCAAUCGUUCAUUGAUUUUGGCAGCCAUGGCGAGCACCAAAGUUCAGAGGGUUAUGACUCAGCCCAUUAACUUGAUUUUCCGGUUCCUUCAAAGCAAAGCGCGCAUUCAGAUUUGGCUCUUUGAGCAAAAGGAUUUGAGGAUUGAAGGUCGAAUCAUUGGUUUUGAUGAAUACAUGAAUUUGGUUCUGGAUGAUGCUGAAGAAGUAAACGUCAAGAAAAAGAGCAGAAAGACAUUAGGGAGGAUCCUUCUUAAAGGAGACAACAUAACCUUAAUGAUGAACACGGGAAAAUGAUGAUGAGCACUUUCGGGUAGUUGUAAACUGUAUGUCAUAUUCAACAAGGAGGCAGAUUUAUCUUUCCCUCUUCAGUUUUAUUACUCUUUCUGGUUAACAUUUUGAAUAUGAUGUGUGAGAAACAUUAUGAUGUAUGACAGUAUGGAUAUUUCGUGCACUAGAUAAAUUCUUAGUUGAGCAGAUUAACAUGGUUUGUUGGUCUGCAUAAUUCUGCCUUCUUUUGGUCUGUAUAAAUAUCCAGAUUCCAGCAUCGAAACUAACUAUAUUAUGAUUCCAAAAAGUAUAACAUUAUAACCUUUUGCCCAUUCAUUGACU